UGUCGCGAGCAGUCGAUUCGGACGGACGUGCGUGCAGUUUACGGGCGUCGCGUUGUGUAAAGUGUUUUUAAUUAAUCGCACUCGUGAAGUGUCCUCUGUACGGGUUUUAAGCAAACGAAGGAAUUUGUCUGAAGUGUGUGUGUGUAUGUGCCGUUCAGGUGCAAUUAAAAAGGAUUUCCCUCUUUUUCCGGAUGGCUACAGCAAUAACCUGCGUGAAGGCAGUAAACGACGAACGUGUUUUAAUGCGAUUGAAGAAGCCUUGAGCAAGUGUUGUUUCGGUGUAUGUGUGUGUGUGUGUUUGCGGUUCUGCACAUUGGCCGACGGCAUGUGAAUGUGGGUUUUUGGUGGUAAAAAAAAUAUAAUUCCAGUGCAAACAUCUCUUUCCCAUCAACGUUCUAGUAACAAAAGUCUUAAGCAAUACCUCGAUGGAAUACUCCAAAAUCUUCACGUGAAAAAAAAACUUCCAAACGCACGUUGAAUUCUUAAAGGCCCACUGCUAAAACACUCACGUCAGCGAGACUUACAAAACAAACAAAAAAUACGUUUAAUACGCGUGAGAACAACGAAAUAGAACAUCGAUCGCGAUCAUCAUCAUCAUCAUCAUCAUCGUCGUUGUACAAGCUGAUCAUCAGCAAGUGUUGCUGCGUAAGCAAUUGGAGUGGAUAAAAAAGUUUAACGCGAAGAAGCAUUGCACGUGCGUUCAAAGGCAUUUCUCCUUCCAGCUUAUGUUAUAUGAGCGUUUAUUGUUGUGCGUGAUUAAUAUUGCAUAAAAAAGGAAAAAAAAACCAGGUGUGAAGUGCGUGUGGUGUAUUGAUGGCAUUACUGGCCGUAUCGUGAGAGGAAAAGCAAGGUGCCGCCAGUUUCCGUUUCGCACGUCAGAAGGGGCGCAAAAGUAAAAGUUCUAGCGUCUUUCCAUGCCUACGAAAAUGAGUGAUGGUGGAUGAAAACACUGCUGGGCCAGUGGAUAACGGGUUUCGAGAGUGUGUGUGUGUGUGUGUGUGGUUGAAGUGAUCGUGGAAGAAUUGGGAGUGAACGGGGAGGAGUGAAGUUUCCGGAAGCAAAGUACCUCGAUUUAGGAAAAUGGAUCUUGCGGGUGAAGCUGGAACUACCUCGAGACAGGCACGGUUCGAGGACUAUCAGAAGCUGAGUACGUCGCAACCGAAUUUGGCCACCGAUCAACCGGAUCAUCACCUAAGGACAAGCAUGAAGUCCAUCCUGGAGGAGGUGAACCAGCUGGAACUGAACAACGAGCAUCAGCAACCGGCACCACCGUACCCGCAGGUCAUCUUUGGCAACGAGUACCAUCACCAUCAGCCGUCGGGCAACACCGUCGACGGGCCGGACUAUAUGCACCAUCCGCACCAUCACCACCACCUGCACCCGGCGAUGUGUGCGAACGGGUGGGCCAUGGGUAUGGUGCCGGCCGACGGUCCCGGUCUCGGGCCGGUCGGUGUCGGUAUCGGCGGUGUCGGUGUCGGCAUGUCCAACAAGCCCGCCACAUCCGGCUGGAUGGAUGGGCUGUUCGGUUGCAUGCGACCGGUACUGUCGCUGAUCGGCAAAAGCCACAUCAUGGAGAUGAAGAGCAAACAGACUGAGGAUUGGGAGAUUCCGUACGAAACGAUCACGGACAUGGUGUGGCUGGGCAGCGGUGCGCAGGGUGCCGUGUUCUGUGGCAAGCUGCGCAACGAGCUGGUGGCGGUGAAGAAGGUGCACGAGCUCAAGGAGACGGACAUCAGGCAUCUGCGCAAGCUGGAUCACGAGAACAUCGUCAAAUUCAAAGGAGUGUGCACCCAGGCGCCAGCGUUCUGCAUCAUCAUGGAGUACUGCCCGCAUGGUUCGCUGCACAAGAAGCUGAAGGACAGUGGCGGGAUCAUAUCGCCCCAGCAGCUCGUGUCCUGGUCGCAGCAGAUCGCACUCGGCAUGCAGUACCUGCACACGCACAAGAUCAUCCACCGUGAUCUGAAAAGUCCCAACAUUCUGAUCGGCGAAAAGGAUGUGAUUAAAAUCAGCGACUUUGGUACGUCGCGCGAAUGGAACGAGAUCAGCACGAAGAUGAGCUUUGCCGGUACGGUGGCGUGGAUGGCACCGGAAGUGAUCUGCAAUCUGCCCUGCAACGAGAAGGUCGACAUCUGGUCGUACGGUGUCGUGCUGUGGGAGCUGCUCACCGGCGAGGUCCCGUACAAGAACGUUGACUCGUCGCAAAUCAUCUACGGUGUCGGUAGCAACUCGCUCUGCCUGCCGAUACCGGAGUCGUGCCCGGAGGGUUUCAAGCUGCUGAUCAAGCAGUGCUGGAGCACGAAGCCCCGGAACCGACCGUCGUUCAAGAUCAUCCUGACGCAUCUGGACAUUGCCGGCCGGGAGUUGCUGGCGGCGUGCGAGAAGGAACAAUACGAGGCGUACUAUCGGUCGCAGCAAUCGUGGCGCGAGGAGAUCCGCAGCCACAUGCAGGAGAUAACGAGCAACCGGAUGAACAUCCAGAAAGUGGAGCAGGAUCUGAUACAGAAGCGGAAGGACGAGUGGAAGCACGCGCAGCACGUACGGAUGACGUACGAGCGGAAGCUGGAGCGCACGAACAUGAUCUGCCGGCAGCUGUCCACGUACAUUGCGCAGCUCGAGCAGAAGGAGCAGGAAAUUAUGAAACGGGAAAAGCAGCUUGCACCUCAGCAAAGAAAAUGUGGCUUCCUGAAACGCGGCGCGGCGGACAAAUCAAAUCGCAAACGACCGUUCAGCUUUCCUUCGAUGGCAACGACUCUGCCCGGGUACGGUGAUUCCACCACGCCCAGUCCAACGGCGACCGGUGCAACACCGGCCAAAGCAACACUGUACGCCGAACUGAACCCUACCGGCCAUCAGGGUGCCCGGUCCGUGGUGGUGACAGCAGGCCCCCCGCCACACUACAGUACACUGGCGCCACUCGCGCAGGCCUCUGCUCCUGCGGCAACUGCCACCACCAAUGCGGACGCGUCGACGGUGGCCGUUGUCGCUUCGCCGAUGGCUCCCACGACAACGUCUUCCGGGAGGGUGAAAAAGCUACGCCAUCGCCGGGUUGGCUCGGGUACGAUCAACUGCAGUCCGAAGUGUAGUCCGUGCCGUGAUCGGCGUGUGCAGAGCGAACCGGAAACGCGCCAAGUGAAGCUGGUGGACACGGAAACGCAAACCGAACCGAUGGACAUUAGUGAGCCGGAUGUGAGCCCGAGCCCGAAUGCGGCCACCAAACGCAUGUCGGCCAGUUUGCGCGAAGAAGCGGAGAAGGAGGAGGAGGAGGAGGAGGAGAAGGCAGACAGUGAGGUGAUUGAGGAAGCGUUGCGACGGCUGAGCGUGAAUGAGCGGCUCGCCGGCGAACGGACGGCGGGAACGGAUGUGCGUGCCAGUGCGUACCGGUGCAGCAGCAAGCCACAGUCGGAAGACGACGGGGAAGUGCCUGAGGAUGAGGAGAACGGCAAUUCGAUCUCGAUCUCGACGAUGACGAACAGCCGGAGCAGUGACAUGAUGACGACGAGCGGUGGCGGAGUUCCGGUGGCGGGCGAACCAAACUAUCGGUACCUGCGGCGGCAGCAGAGCACACAGCACCACCAGGAAGACCUGCAGGAGGAGGAGGCCGAUGGCGAUGUGGAGGAGUACGACGACGAGCGGGAAGAUUCGAGCCCCGACCCGAUCAUGGACGCGAUGAACCGUAACGAGCGGUUCGAUCGGGUGUGCAGCGAUGACGACAAGAUCGAUACGCUCGAUCGGAAGGUGAACAUUAUCUCGGAGAAGCUGCAGCAGAGUGCCGCGUACGGGAAUCUCCUGAACGACAACAACGUCACCGUGUACCGGGCCGGCCUGAAGCAACCGGGCCACGGUGGAAAGACGAUCCUGCUGAAGCAUCCCGGCGCUGGGAGCAACCUCAAGCCGGCCGGUGCUGCCGGCGCCGGCAUCGGUGUGUACAUGUACAGUGGUCCGCAUGCCGGCGGGCUAGUAACGGCGCCACCGGGCGGCAGUGUCGCGGAGGCGAAGAUGCUCGGUGAGAUCACGGUGGUGGACCACGAGCCCCGGGAAGAUGAAAGCUGGACCGACGAGGAGGGCGAAGAACCGGACCAGAACACGUACUAUGUGCUGCGUCGCAAGAGCGUUGGCCGUCUUCCAAUAAAGCGUGGCCGGCGGAUGAAGCAUUCGGUCGGUUCGGGCCCAUCGGUAUCUCCCGGACAUCAUCUCCAUUCGAUCGUCGGUAGCGGCACCGUCGCCAACGACCAUCUGGUGAUCGUGCACCGCAAGCUUCACUCGAACGUGACCAUCUCGGACGAGGAAAACACGUCCGAGUACAGUCACGCACCGUCCAGCCAACGAUCGACGCUCGAAUCCAAUCCGGAUCUACCAUCGGUCGUGAUGAUGAAAUCCGGUCGACGAAUGGAUCGAAUCGUGCAGCAGCAACCGAUGCACAAGAGCACCACAUCCGCAAAGGACACGGACGAUGAUGACGUCGAGGACGACGAUGACGACGAUGGCAACGUGCCGGAUAGUGAUCUCGAGCUGCAGGACUCUAGCGACAGUAGCUCGGACGAGGUGGAACGAGUCGACCGGCGGCCGCCGGUAGCGGAUGUCGUCAACGGAAAUCGGGUGUAACCGGGGAGGUAGUGUGUCGUCCCGCCCAUCGAAACCACUGAUGCCAUGUUGUGGAGGAGUGCAGGAGAGCGUGUAUGAGAUUAUGAAUGGUGGUGCCGUGUCUGCCGUUCUCUACAUUUUUGUAACAUUUUUUCUUUUGGCACGUUGUCCACAACACGCGCCCAUUACGUAGUACAUUUAGGUAGUGUCCAGUUAUGUUUUCAUUUGCUCGUAUUCUGUUACCGAUUCCGUUCCGUCCCCGUGCUGUUUUUGUUUGCGAGAUUUUUUUUUUCGUUUUGCAGCGGGCUUGCUGAAAGCGGCUACCUCCAUCUGUAGACACGGGUAGAAGGUAUGAUCUUUAAGCUAUUACAAACAAAAAAAAAAACAAUCCAGUCCAGUCGCGAGAGAGAGAAAAAAAAUCGAAAGGAUAUUAUACUUAGUGUUAAGAGAGGUACGCUCCGGAAGUGGCGUAUGCGUGUAAACGUGCGUAUUUGUGAACGAGAGAGACUGAAUCGAUCGAUAGAGCUCUGCUAUAUGUUUUGUGUUUAUGAUGUGUGCUUAAUGCUGGUGUGGAACUAUUUAUUCGGAACUCACUUCCGCGCAAAAAUCAUUCCCCGGGCAUGCGUUUAGUAAGUAGUAGUACAACUGCACACCCGGAAUACGACGGACAGAUACUGAACGAAGGAGAGAAAAGAAAUGGAAUUUCCAACACGUUUUCCCCCGCUCGUAGUGGUGUACAAAUAAUGGUGGCCUAUACAAAACGGACGAAAUCUGUCGUAUUUAGUUGUUAGCUGUUAGAAUACACUGGUAGGAUAAGAGAAAAAGGCUGCCUGGCUCGGGUGAAGUUACGUCGCCUAAACUCAGGUCAGCAAAACUUAGGCCAACGUGCUUAAGACUUGUUCAAUUGUACAUGUUUGUAAUUCAAUUUUUCCUUCGAUCGAUGCCGUUACAACUUCGAUUUGGUUCAGUUUUGGUUUGGUUUUUGUUAGUUCCUGCUUUGUGUUGUGCUUUUUUUGUUUUGUGUGCGCUCCUCUCCGGGGCCUUGUAUUUACUCAUUACUUGAUAGUCUCAAUUCGGUUUAUUGUACGUGUGUUUGUAUACGCUUGUGUUUCUUAUUUUACACUUAUGAUAUGUACCAUAUUUAUUUGCGGCAUUCCUAUCGCAAACGGAAGGCAAUGAGCGACAAGAGGAAGAACACACACAAAAGAAAUUUACAAAAAUAAUGUGCAAUUUUUGGAUUACAAAAGGCCCAGGAAAGACACGUGUCUGUACUCUCUAGCUUUCUAUCUUUCUGCAAACAUUCCAACUAUUUAUAGCUCAUAGUGCAGUUGAUAACGUAAAACAACUAUCCUUGACUAUCGUUGCGCAUGUAUAAUGAUGUAAAGUAAAUAAAAGAAAGCAAUCAAAUAUUCAGAGGGAAACUAUAAACGAAAAAACACGCCUCAGAAGGAUGAAAGUGAAGAAACGGUUUAAAACAUAAAAAAAGACGGCAAAUGGACGUUCAAUUCAAUGUUCGCUUCGCACGUGUUUGAUGUCCUUGCCGGAUUCGCGAUAAUGCUGUUGCCAUUUGCCUUAACUGUGGCUAGCCCGCAACUUUCAACUGCAGCAUUAUUAACGUUAAGAAAACUGUGUGCUCCGUUUGUUUGCAUGUAGAAGCAGCAGCAGCACCCUACAACAAACUCAUUGGUACCUGGCUAGAGCGUUCAUUCAGCACCGAUCGGAAAACAGUGGAAAUAGAAAGCCACACGAAAGCUUUGCACCACGUUUGCAGCUGCAAGAGAUAUUAUUUUUGAUGCAUUUUACUCUCCAUACAUGUGACCCGCGCCGUUCGCCACAGCAGCUGUAGGACGGACGGUCGCCGAGUAGUUCAACCAGCAAGCAAGCAAAAGUUUUAAAUUUGCAAUCGGUGUAAAAUGCAGGAAAUAUAUGGACAACUGUAGCGUGUGUUACGCACGCAAGCUUGUACGACAACAAUGUUAGGCCUUUUUUCAGCCCGCCGAAGAGAGAAAAACACGAAUACUGCUGAUAGCACAGGUUCGGACAAGAGAUUAGUUUAUUUUUGCAACGACAGCAAACAGCGUAAUCGUAUCGUGUUAGUGGUCUAACGUAUGGAAGAAAAAACACACAAAUACAAACUCCAAUUAAGCGAUAAGAUUCCCAGCAGUUAACCAGCUGUUUAAUCUAUGAUAAUCGUUGUUCAAAAUUAAAUAUUCACUAUGCAAACUGGUAGUAGCUCCAGCACCAGUCACGCUUCAAUAUAGAGUCAAACACAAAACAGGACAACAUAGAAAAGGGGAAUAAGUUACAGGAAUAUGCAGGACGCAAAACAAAACAGCCUAUAGGAAUGGUUUAGUGAACCGUGGCUUGGAAGAAGCAGAUAAACCUCGUGUAAUAAAUCCACUAUUAUUAGUAACGAUACUUAAAACCAGACUCGUCGGGAAGGUGGGCGGUAUGGGAUGCCAAUAGAGAGCAAAGUUUGGUGACCGAAUGUUCAAAGCGGAGGAUUGCGAAAGCGAAGAUUGUCGCGCGAAAUAAAGAAACAUAAGAAAAGGUAAA